AUGGACUACCCCCGAGACCUCCAGCACACCCUCCUCCAUACCCCGCGCCCGAACAUCCUCCUGCUAAUCCUCAACCGUCCAUCCACCCGCAACAGCCUAACGAGCACCGCGCAACACGAGCUCGAAAAGCUCCUCCUCUGGUACGACCGACACCCGGACCUGCAGUGUGCCAUCAUCACGGGCGCCGGCAGUUCGUUCUGCGCGGGCGGCGACCUGCACGAAUGGCACCGGCGGAGUCAGACACCGCUGGGGUCGGUGGACAUCCUGCCGCGGCGGGGAUUCGCAGGGCUGUCGCGGCGGUUCGGGAAGAAGCCCGUGAUUGCGGCGGUGAACGGGCCCGCGGUGGGGGGCGGGUUUGAGCUGCUCAUGGGGGUGGAUUUGAUCGUGGCGGCGGAGACAGCGGUGUUUGCGUUGCCGGAGGUGAAGAGCGGGCAUCUGGCGUACUCGGGGAGUUUGCCGCGGUUGAUGAAGAAUGUCGGGCGGGUGAGGGCGAUGCAGAUGGCGCUUUUGGGGGAUGCCAUCACGGCGGAGCGGGCGUACCAGUGGGGGCUGGUGAAUGAGGUUGUUGCGCAGGGUCAGGGGAUGGAGGAUGAUGUGCUCAAGCGGCCGGUGGUGGUGAGGGCUGUGGAGUAUGCGGAGAGGAUUGUGAAGAAUAGUCCGGACAGUGUCGUGCUUUCGCGGGCAGGGAUCCUCUUGGGGCAUGAGCAUGGCAGCUCCGAGGCUGCGUCCUGGUUGCUUCGCGACUUGGUUGAUCAGGGAUUUGACGAGAGUCCAAACUUCCAGGAGGGCGUGUCGGCGUUUGUAGAUAAGCGAAAGCCGGUGUGGAGGCCUAGCAAGAUGUAG